AUGAAGUUUGAUUCUUAUAAUACAGAACUAGUUAUCGAUGUGGUUUACGGUAUUUAUAGAAGGUAUAGUAGGUAUGUCGCUUAUUCAAGUCCGAGACGUGAUUGGAACUUCCAAUUUUCUGGAGCAGCAUUAUGUCCAGGUUCGAGUGGUGGGGGUGGAGGAGGACUUAGUGGAGGGUCAAUAUUUUUAAUCAUAUUUUUCGUUGUUCUUUUUAUCUACUUCAUUGGUGGAAUUAUAUUUCGGAAGAUAACAACUGAUGCUGCUGGUUCCGAAUUGAUCCCAAACAAGGAAUUUUGGUCUUCGUUACCAGGACUAAUAAAGGAUGGGGUCAUGUUCCUUGUCUACAAAUGCAAAGGGGAGUCUGGAAGAGACUAUGAUAAUAUUUGAAUACGAUUAUCCGAAGAAAGUUGACCUGACGUGACGAGGAACUGUUCACACUUUAAUAUAUGUGCAAUAAAUACUAUGCAUUUUUAUAAUCUUUUAUAAUAGCAAAACUAUUGGUAUGUAUUAUCUCAAUCAAGUUGGUGAUGUACAUUAGUUUCAUUUCAAAAAUUAUUAUUUCUCCAAAAUGAUGCUAAAAUACUACGUAGAACACACAAUCUUUAAUUUCUUGUUUAACAUUCUAAUUUAUCUUCUGUAAAAAUUUGGCUUUAAUUUUUUUAUUAUAUAUUACGAAUAUGGUAUAUUAAGAAUAUUUUAA